CUUAAAGAAUGGGCAAAUGAUAAAUUCACAGUCGACAGUAAUUUAAGUGCAGCUAAAGUUAUUUUACAAUUGGACCAGAAAGGUGCUAUCAAUGCAUCGGAUUUAGGUCAGCUCCGUUUAUUCUUCGAGUCAAUCACAAGAUUUGAUCUAGUAUACCUUAUUGAUGAAUUUUAUGAUGGUGACUACAAUAAGUUGAGGAAGUUGAUCAAUCAGCAUAAGUCGAUAAACAUUAGUCAUGAACGAGUGGCCAAUAUAAAUCGCGUACACUCAUCUAGAGUUCUUCUACCACACAAUAGCACUCCAAGAUCUCUACUAAGGUCCAACCCCGUUAACCGGGUGAGCAAUGUUGAAGUAUUUGAACGACCUAGCAAAGCUGACGAGAACAAUGGCGUAUCCAUUGUCAGGAAUCCCCAUGUUCCCCACUCAAAUGUUGCCAGCACAAGCAAUUCGAUUGUAAUAAGUGGCAGUAGAUGUUCAACGUAUGAAAAUUCAGAAGAUGUUCCUGACUGUCCUGCAGUUAAUAACACAAGAGGUUUAUAA